AUGUCCUGGUUGGAUGCUCAGAGCCACUGCAGACUGUACUACACAGACCUGGCCACUGUGAGGGACAUGAAGGACCUGCUGAGACUGAGGACCGCUGCCAAUGGACUCACAGACCUCUGGACCGGACUCCAUCUGACCAGUGAGCACCCCAAUGUGUGGCACUGGUCUCAGGCGGCACUCCAGUACGACGAGGGAGAAUCUCAGUGGGCGGUCGACCAACCCGACAAUGAUGGAAACUGUGUGGACUCUUGGGUUCAAGACACCUGGAACGAUGAACACUGUGAUAUUGUUCUCAACUGUUCCAUCUGCUACGAUGAGGCCUCCAGCAGUCCUGUGAUGGUCUCUCAGUCUAGGGACUGGUUGGCGGCUCAGCAGUACUGCAGGAGCCACUACACAGACCUGGUGAGCGGACUAGACCAGUAUGCACAGUUCCUGCAGACCUUCCCUGUGCGUAACGCUAGUUGUUGGAUUGGUUUGUCCCGGGACCACUGGGGCUGGUCCGAUGGAAGCAACUCGGACUGA